AAACAUUUCUGCAGAGGCAUUGAAUUAAUUGUUGUUGGUUGGAAAGCUCGAUAGUUUUAACAAUGAACAAUUCGACACACACAAAGUCUGAUACUUUCGCAGUUAUGAAGCAGGGAAACGUAUUCAAAUUCCUCUCAAACGGUGAAUGGAGGACUAGCGGCUCUGGAAAAACGAUGAAAGAAGUCACUCCUUAUGACAAUACAGAAGCUUACGAAUUCCAAUCUUGCUCGCAACAAGACAUUGAUGAAGUUUUCAAAGCUGCAAACAGAGCUCAAAGGGGUUGGGCAAAGACUCCACUUUGGAAACGUGCCGAAUACCUGAGAAAAGCAGCUGUUAUCCUUCGUGAAAAUAAGGAUGAGAUAGCAACUGCUCUAGUAAAAGAAAUAGCGAAGAACAGAAAGAGUGCUGUCUCAGAAGUGGUCCGUACCGCAGAUCUCAUCGAAUAUACUGCAGAAGAAGGAACGAGAUUGGUUGGAAAGCUGAUGACUUCGGACUCAUUUCCUGGUCAGAAGAGAGAUAAGCUUUGUCUAGUCCAUAGAGUUCCUCUAGGAGUGAUUUUAUGUAUUCCUCCGUUUAACUAUCCUGUGAAUUUGUGUGCCUCUAAGGUUGCGCCUGCCUUAAUCACCGGAAACAGUGUUGUUAUUAAGACCCCUAGCCAAGGAGCAGUUUCAGCUUUAUAUCUUGCAGCAUCGUUUCAUUUGGCAGGAGUUCCGGCAGGAGUGGUGAACGCAGUCACUGGAAAGGGCUCUGAGAUUGGAGAUUUUCUCACAACACAUCCACUUGUGAAUUGUAUAUCGCUUACUGGUGGAGGAACCACAGGAAUGUCGGUUUGUAAGAAGGUUGGUAUGAUACCUUUACAGAUGGAACUUGGUGGAAAAGAUGCGGCAAUUGUUUUGCCAGACUGUGACUUAGAUUUAGCAGCCAAAGCAAUAGUUUCUGGUGCCUUCUCGUAUAGUGCUCAGCGUUGCACGGCGGUGAAAAUUGUCCUAGCUGUUGAACCUAUUGGGGAUGAGUUGGUAAAGAAGGUUGUUGAUGGAGUUAAGAAACUGACAGUAGGACAUCCUGAGGAGAAUGCCGACAUAACAGCGGUUAUUAACAAAAGCUCUGCCGAUUAUAUUGAGAGCCUAGUUUUCGAUGCACGGCAAAAGGGUGCCUCAGAGGUUUGUCCUUAUAAACGAGAAGGUAAUUUACUUUGGCCUACAGUAUUCGAUCAUGUUCGAGAGGACAUGAAGAUAGCUUGGGAAGAACCGUUUGGUCCUGUAUUGCCUAUCAUUCGUUUGAAGAGUGCGGAAGAGGCAGUCGAGUUUGCAAACAGGAGCACGAUGGGUUUACAAGGAUGUGUAUUCACAAAUGACAUUGAAAAGGCCAUCCAUAUAUCGGAUGAGCUCUCAACUGGAACAGUUCAAGUGAAUGGUCAGCCUGCAAGGGGUCCCGAUCAUUUUCCAUUUCAGGGUUUCAAAGAUUCGGGUUUAGGCUCGCAAGGCGUCUACUUUAGUUUGGAAGCAAUGACGAAAAUUAAGAGCACAGUUAUCAACUUGCGUCAAGAAAGUUUUCCUAUGAAUUGAUCAUUGACUAUUACUGUGGUUUCUCUUCCAGAAAACUUGACAUGUUUCAAAGUUAGUCUUGUAGGCAAUAAAUAUAUGUUGGUUGUUUUAAAUCUUUUAGUUUGAAUAUCCUG